ACAAUUUCCAUAUCGCGCCAGUUGCAAGGAAGGUGGCGAAUGGAAAGGUUCGUGUUGCGGUGCUUUGCUGAAGAAUUUUCUUUUUCCUGGGAACGUGAUGGAACGACUUUGUGUGACGUAGAUGGGCUACAGGACAAUGCCUCAAACUGCCCAGAAAGUCUUGAGUUCAAGGAGAAAGAUGAGGAGCAAAUGGUUAAGAGGCAACAGAGACUUGAGAAGGUUCUUGAGAGAAUUCAUGUUGUAAAAAUCCAUGAAAAUGAGGUUCGACAGUGUGUGAGAGACAAGCCAAAUAUGAUUAGUGAGAAGACCUUGAUGAUCUCAGUGGAUGCUUUGAGGGACGAUGGCAGAGUCCUCAAGCACUUCAACAUCCCCAUCGAACUGCCCAGACAUCAGCCGCCUCAGGUCAGCAUGAGAGCGUUGCCAAUCAAGAAGCGCUACCAUUUGAAUCAGGUGGAGAAGACUGACAAGACGAGAAAGCGCACGAGGAGGAACAUCCUCAAGGGAAUGCUGCUGGAGCCAAAGAUGCAGAUAAGGAGAACGCCAGCCAGGACAGAGGUUAUUUGCCAAGAUGCUCCUCUGGAUUUGUCGCGUAUUCCGCCAAAGCGUGUAGAGAAACCACCAGAAAUCCCUAGGACACUUCAUCUUCCAUCUCCUGGCCAGAUUCGCCACCAGGUUCACCAUCCAAUCCCUUUGCGAUAUGUCAUGCAGCCUUAUGCGCAAGCUAGGGCGGUUGCAGAACCUCGAGAAGUGCCCAGAUUUUACCCUCAGCAGAACGGCGUGGAGAGAAAUGUACCACCUCAGGCCUAUCCUCAUGUUAUCAUGCCACACAAUCCAUACCAAAUAUCCGUUCCUUUGUGCCCUGCUCCUGCCAGAUAUCCUCCGACUCCCCCAGCGCCUCUUCCGGAGCGAAGAUACGCCCAGACUGUCUCUUAUCCGCAGUAUCCCUACUGCUUACCUCAGCCGUCAGUCAUCUACCAUCCCAGGACCGUGGAAAAGCCCAUCAGCCACGCUUUCCACCCUCCGCAGUACGUCUAUCCCACCCACCAAUUGCAUCAUUACCCAGCUGAGCCACCACAGAGACCUCAAUACGCUCCACCUGUCAAUGAAUCCCAUCUGCCCGAUCUCAGGGAAAUGAAGGUGUCCGAGAGAAUGAGAAUUCAAGCGCCCAAGGCGCACUUUUCUGAUGAAAUCCCCAUAUUUCGCGUCAGAAAUCCUGCCUAUCGUGUUUUACCCACACACGAAACCCACCCGAGUCGCCUCUAUUUUUCCCACGGCACUCAAUGAGCGGAUGAAGAGAGAGCUCCAAGAUAUUUCUUGGAAGUUGCGCGCGGGAAAACUUCUUGAAGCAGGAAAACUUGCAAUAUAUUUGAUCAAGAGUGUAAAAUUUGUAUUUUGUAAUAAAAAUUUCAACGUGAAGCUCAACUGCUCAUUAUUUGUGUCGUUGGUGAAUUUUUAACGUGCCAUUCGUGACAAGUCGGAAACGUGAUCGAGGUA